GCAAUAAGAAGAACAACUUGUUGCGGCAGAUAAGCAGAUUUACAUAUAAACUACAUAUGCAUGUACAUAUGUAUGUAUGUUUCAAAAAAUAAGUGCGGAGAUAAGAGAGAUUGGCAAUUUCAUCACACGCAACAAGUGAUUUAUAGUUUCUGCUGUAAGUGCAAAAACUAAGCUGGUUCUCAGUGUUAGAAAAGAUCGUCAGAUCAUUUGGAAAGUUGUGCAUUGUGCGAAUACCACAGGACUGCUAAGUGCACCUCAAGAUGGGGCAUGUUGCAGCCUUUGUUGUUGCUCUUAUUGCCGUGCUGUUCCCAUUUGGCCAUACUUGGGUUGCGCACUUUAUGCCCCCGACGCUGGAGUUGGAGAUGGAUAAUCACGCCCAAGUUUGGCUCACCAUCCAAGACAUCGAAGCGGCGACGCUUCAGCAGCCGCAGCGCUAUAGCUUUCAAAUACAGAGUCAUGCCAAACACUUGGCAAGUGUUCCGACUGGCAAUUCCAGCAUAGCCGUAGCCGAAAUUGAUGCGUUGCAGCGCGAGUGGAAGGGACCAAUUGAAAUAAAUGCCCAUUUCCUUGGUGAAACAACUAUUGUUGUUAGCCUGCACGAUGCGAUCACCAAUAGCAGUACAGCACCCACAGGCCAAAGCAACGAUAGCACACUGGAUGUGAAGGUAGUGCGCCCGAACCGCGUCAUCGACCAUGUUUUCCUCGGCUCGGUAAUAUUGCUGAUGUCGCUGUUAUACAUCAACUUUGGUGCCGCCUUGGAUUUGACAGUUUUGCGGGGCCUGGUGACACGACCCGUUGGGCCAUGCAUUGGCUUUGUGAUGCAGUGCAUCGGCAUGCCGCUGCUGAGUUAUGCCUUAGGUAUUUUCGUCUUUCCGGAUGCACCGGCCAUGCAGCUUGGCCUUUUUUUUACGGGCAUAGCGCCGAGUGGUGGCGCCUCCAAUACGUGGUCCGCCGUUCUUGGGGCCAACAUCAAUCUGUCCGUGCUGAUGACGACGGUGAGCAAUGUGGCCGCAUUUGCCACCAUGCCUAUGUGGAUUUUUACGCUAGGCCAAUUGAUUUUUGACCGUGCUGGCAUGAAGGUGCCUUAUGACAAGAUUGCAAGUUCGGCGGGCGGCUUAAUAGUGCCGCUGCUUAUUGGCUUGGGCAUACAGAAGUGGUCACCGCGUCUAACGCGCAUUCUGGUACGCCUGCUGAAGCCCAUAUCCCUGUGUCUCAUAUUGUUUAUCAUUGUGUUCGCCAUCGUCACCAAUUUCUACCUAUUUGAGCUGUUCUCCUGGCAGAUUGCCGUUGCGGGACUGGCCCUGCCCGGCCUGGGAUACAUUUUUGCUUGGACGGCAGCAAAGCUUCUGCAUCAAGAUGCCGCCGAUGCUCUGACUAUUGCCAUUGAAACAGGCAUUCAAAACACCGGCAUUUCAAUAUUCUUUUUGCGCACAACCUUGGAGCCGCCGCAAGGCGACCUAACUACCGUUGUUCCUGUGGCGGUGGCCAUAAUGACUCCGUUGCCAUUGCUGGGCAUUUAUCUGUAUAAACGUUGCACCACUGCUAAGAUAACUGAAGAGAUCACAAACCCCGAACACCAACGCAUAGUCUAAUAGAAGAGGCUAGUGAUAACACAGAAUGACUUUGUUUUUCUGCAAGUUUUCCUGUUUUAGAUUUAGUGUUUUUUUUUUAUAUAUUUUUAAUAUGUUUAUACACUAUUGUUAUAUUUUCUAAAAGGAUAUUAUUUAUAUACAUAUGUAUAUAUAUAUAAAUUAUAUAUGACGGCCCUUAGAGCAUUUUCAAA